GUGGGUGGUCAAGAGACCACUCACUGUCCAUUGCAGAAGAAAAAGCUCAGAACUUUAAACGUUUCUAGAAAGAGAAAAGAAAAAGGAAAAUGGAAGGGAAAGAAGAGGAUGUGAGAGUUGGUGCAAACAAGUUCCCAGAGAGGCAGCCAAUCGGGACAUCGGCUCAGAGCGACAAGGACUACAAGGAGCCACCACCAGCGCCGCUGUUCGAGCCAGGUGAGCUGAGUUCGUGGUCGUUCUGGAGAGCCGGGAUCGCAGAGUUCAUAGCCACAUUCCUGUUUCUGUACAUAACGGUGUUGACGGUGAUGGGAGCGAAGAGAGCACCAAACAUGUGUGCCUCUGUUGGAAUCCAAGGCAUUGCCUGGGCUUUUGGUGGCAUGAUCUUUGCCCUCGUCUACUGUACUGCUGGAAUCUCUGGAGGACACAUAAACCCAGCGGUUACUUUCGGUCUGUUCUUAGCUCGGAAACUUUCACUGACCAGAGCUGUUUUCUACAUCGUGAUGCAAUGCCUCGGAGCCAUCUGCGGCGCCGGUGUUGUCAAAGGCUUCCAGCCUACCCCUUACCAAACCCUCGGCGGGGGAGCCAACACCGUCGCUCCAGGCUACACCAAAGGAUCCGGACUCGGAGCUGAGAUCAUCGGAACCUUCGUCCUUGUUUACACCGUCUUCUCCGCCACCGACGCUAAGAGAAGCGCGCGUGACUCCCACGUUCCGAUUUUGGCUCCACUCCCAAUAGGAUUCGCUGUGUUUUUGGUUCACUUGGCGACGAUUCCGAUCACCGGGACCGGAAUUAACCCGGCUCGGAGUCUAGGAGCUGCAAUCAUCUACAACAAGGACCACGCUUGGGAUGACCACGUGAUGGAUAUUCUGGGUGGGACCAUUCAUCGGAGCAGCUCUUGCGGCUCUCUACCACCAGCUUGUCAUCAGAGCCCUUCCUUUCAAGACCAGAACCUGAUUUCCUUUUGUCUCUUUGUUUUAUUUAUUGAUGUUCGUCUCUGUUCUUUGUUUGUAUCGGAGUUUCAAAAUAUUUGACAUGUGGUGAUGUUUGUUUGUCUAAUUAAUUUAUUUGUUUAAUGAUUUUGUUUGAGGUUC